CCAAGCUGGUAGUGUUUGUCGUCUAGUGAGAUAAUCAACCCGAUGGAUAAUCACAAACGGUAACGGUUUUGUGAGGGUGGAAGAGUACUUUAUUGUUCUGACGACGACAUCAUCGUAAUCAUUACGAAGAUAUAAACAUAGAAUAUGUUAAACUACUUGCCCCAGUACGAGGCCGUCGCCACUACACAACUGCUAGGAUGGAUCUCCGACCAUGUGCUGACGAACGGGGAACGGUGUUUGUUUGCAAUGCAUCACGUGUAAAUGAAUUAAGUCAGUUUAAGCUGCACUCAUUGAGACUAUUCGAGUAAAUUCGCUUUCAGACGGACUGCAGAAUUAUGUGUGUCAAUGUGAAAUGCAGUCUGGAUAAGAACGGAGAGUUGCAUCUUGAAUCUAUCGACUGUGAUAAAGAACCGUAUCAUGAAGUGGGUCGUUUGAAGAAGUUCCUCCUGUGUGGUUCAUAUGACGCGAAUCAACGCCCCGUAAAGGACAUGAAGUUUGCGGUCAAUGUGAGUGUGCUGCCGAUAUUGAUGAGUUUUGAAUAUGACGAAAGCACAAACUCAAUUAACGCAAAUAUGCUACUUACAACGGAAUGGCUUGAUGAGAACCUGAAAUGGGACCCUAAAGAUUAUAACAACCAGUCGACCGUGGCCAUUAGUUCGGAACAAAUAUGGACACCUGACUUUCAGCUGUACUCAUCAACCGUAAAAUUCGACACCAAACAAAGUUGCACCAAUUUGCGUUGUCUGGUGAAAUCGGAUGGUUCAGUUCUAGCGGUGCCAUCGUGUGAUUUCAGCGCACGGUGCGAAGCCGAUUACACCGACUGGCCCCUGGAUACCCAACGCUGCCGGAUGCUGUUUGGAGCCUGGAUGGAACAUGCCGGCGAGGUUGACUACCAUACCCGUUUCGCCUGUCUGGGAUCCGAACAGUCCAACUUGCACACCCAGUGGCGAGUGGUGUCCGCUAAAAAGAUUAAAAAAGAGGUAUCCUACAACAACGUGACGUAUCCCACAUUGAUGUACGACUAUGUUCUGGAGCGACACUCGGGCAUCCAUCUGGCGGGAAUUUUGACGCCCAUUAUUCUUUUAAUCAUGAUGAAUCUAUUCCUCACAUGGCUCAAAACGGAUUCCCUUGAGAGAAAGCUACUGCUGGCAGUUUCCAUAGUGUGUCACUUCUACUUUUUGGUAUUCAUCCAAUGGACAGUUCCCAAAAAUGGGGACACUGUUCCUGGAAUUUUAUUAUUCUAUCGUACCUCUAUCAUUAUAACUGGUAUUCUUCUCAUUCACACAUUGCUCGGAUCGGUCAUAAAAGGCAGGCGUAAUCCUCCUCCGAGUUUGAUAGCCCUACUGGCCGGAACGAUACACAAGAACAAAAUUGGAGAAUUGGUUCUCGCAGGAGAGUACAUGGAAGUUGAGUACAAGAAAUCGGAAAUUCAACAAGCCGAAAAUAGCGAACUUGCUGAACACCAGAAGACUUGGAGUUCCUUUAGUAGGAUAAUGGAUCGUGUGAUGUUCCUUCUUUACCUGGUGACAUAUGUGAUUUCCUUUGCAAUGUACAUACCGCUUAAAUAUGCUUCCCGGUUUGGUGAGUACGAGUUACACGUACUGGAUUAUAAGGAUAUCAACCAUUUCUAAUGAAUGCCCUUGUAAAAUAAAUGUUUAAUAACAGAGGGCAUUCCACUUAUUGUUUAAUAAAACUAUCAAUUCCUUACAUCCUGACAACAAAAAUCAUAAAA